CAGAGCUUACCUGAGAAGGCCUCCCUCUCUCGGGAAACGGUGUUGAGCCGAAGGCGGGCCGUCUUAUGAACGGGAGCUACCAACGACGGUCGCUAGGGAGACCGUUGCGCCGUUUUCAAACGUUACGCUGACACCUUUUAGCUGCACACGGGUCAGCUGAACUUCGGUCACUCGGUGUUGGCGACAGUGGGGCGAGGAGGUGGAUUUAUCUGUCCGGGUGCAAACCCAGGCAGACGGGAUCCUAAAUGGCUCCAGUAGGAAAGGAAAACCAGCAAGUACCUUUGCCCUUUCCGAAGACCCUUGACAAACCAAGUUGGAAGGAAAACACUUUGCUGGCUGCAGGCACUUCCAGUAGCAGUAAGAUCCCGGUCCUUUCCAAAAGCAGACACCCUCCAGAGUGGAGACAAUCCCAGCCACAGACAUGUUCUUUCAAAGCGAGGACUUACGAGAUGUCUCAUUCCAAUCCAGUUCUGGAAUUGGCAGUUGGGUUAGCCCCCAAGACCCCUACCAGAGAACCCUUCUCAGAGAUGCAGUUAACCACCCCCGGUUGUAGGAAUGAAGGUGAUGUGUCUUAUGGCAAAGAAGUGAACACAGCCGAGUUUGUGUCUGACCCAGAAGCUCUUGCCAGCAUACUAUCCAACACAGGGCUGAGUCACCAGAUGGUGAGUGCAGCCCACAAGCCCAGCCUUGCCCAGCGAGUUCCUCUGAAAGGGGAGAGAGCACGGUUUACUAGCAUUGGGAAGGCCUACCCUUCCCUGGAUACAGAGGCUCCUACGGUGAACCCUUUUCGCAUGUCCCAUAUCUCUACCUCCGCUUCAACAGAUAUAGAUCGCCCACAGUCUUUGAGCCUUGCCUUGGAUACCCAACAACUUAAAACGUUGUCAACUACACUCAAGAACUGGAAGCCUGGGGUGCAGAUGGCAAAGGCCAACCAACCCACAAAGACCGCGAAGGGGGACAAUUCAACAUCCAGUCUGGAGGCAAAACAUCCGAGCAAUGUUGCUGGGGGCAGUCUGUCAACGCAAAGCAGCUCAGCUGGGAGGAAAAAAAACACAGGAACAUCUGGGGAAGAGGAAGAGUUCAUGCCAGACCCAGCAGCGAAAGCAAGCAUCCUUUUGAACAUAGGCUUGAGCCACUCUGGCCUUGGAGCCAUGGGAAAAAUGAGCCUGGCCCAGCGGGUACCGUUGAAGGAUGCUCGGAAACUGUCAGUAUUGUGUGACAAUAUGCAGGGGGAAGGUCCCUCUCUGUCCCAGCCCCGCACGAGUGUGAUGUCUGCAGGGAAGUAUGGCCGUGUGCUCUGCCGUACUACUCCAGGCCCUAAAGGUCUGGCUUCUGGAGCUCAGCAAACUAACACACCGCUUAAGAGGUGUUCCAAUGCUGAAUGUACACCUUAUGGACUAGCCAGAAGAGUUCCUAUUACUAGCUCUCAAUCCUUGCGUUGCUCAUCCUGGAUACGCCAACGUACACCUCUUUCUUCCCGUACGACAGACAAAAGGGUCAAAUUGUUAGACAGAGUCACUGGACCGAUGGGAGCUGUUGGUUCCAAAGAGGAAGAUGCCUCUGUGCCCUGGGAGAAAAUAGCUGUGCGUCUUUUUGAUGAGGAAAUGGCAGCAUCGGUGAAGAAAGUGCCAACUGUUCCUGCGAUUACCAAAGAAAUGGAAAAGCUUCAGCGUGUUGAGUACCUUGCCCAGCUCUUGCAGCAGGAGAUGGAUGGUGACAUUGAUUAUGAGGAGGCCCCUUCACUAAAGAAAUUGCACAAGUGCUUGACAGUUCACGGCUCACCAACCCUGGCGGCUUUCAAGCCCGAACUAUCUCCUACGCCUCCCCAGGAUCCUAAGCCAAGCUUGUCUGAAGAGGCUCCAGACUUAACUGUGACUGUUACCUCUGCACCUACCUCCACCCACACCACUUCAAGCCAGCUGCACGUCUGCCCCAGCCCCUCCCUGCAAGAAGCCAGCUGCCCCUCAUUCAGUGCAACAAGUACCGAUCUUGCAAAACAACGGUUGGAUCACCUCCGGACUGCCCCCCUUCGUUUCCACGAAGCCUGCCUAAAUGACGAAUGUGCCUUCUAUACUUCUCGCCUUGCUUCCCUGACUCGGCCCUCGGCGCAUCGGUGCCAAGAGCCGGUGGCAAAAAUGCUGAACGCUCACGAUACCAUGCAUUUUACACCCAUCUCUGCAACUGCACCUCUUUCCCCACCUUGAGGAAGAAAGGACUCCACUCUCCUGAAAAAAAGGAGCCAUGCCACUGUUUUGGGGUUGGUGGAUGGAGACAGAAGCGCUUGGCAGUUGUGAAAAGGGAGGAGUAACAGCUGCAAAAGCCAUUCUGUCAAGGAUACACUAAUACUAUACAAACAGGGUUUUUUUUUAAUGUAAAUGGUAUAUAAACAGUUUUUUAAAAAUAAACUAACCGUAAAAGAGUUGCCCUGGUUUCCCCCCCCCCCCAGUAUGAGAAGAAAGCACGGAAUUUGUUCCAAGUUCACGUUCCUGCGAAAUAGCCUUGCCAGAUUUUAUUACAGGUGCUUUUUAUUCACGUGUCUCUUACUGUGUUUGUAAGGGGGAGGGAACCUAUCACAGGUAACUGCUGCAUGAAGAGAGUAAAAAUUUGAUUUGCACAUUUUGUGGACUAAUACUAGCACUUGUACUGAAAUAGAAAAAUAAAGGGCCAAUAGCCAA